AGCAUUUUCUUUUAGUCUAGUUCGAAGUUUUGACGAGUGCAUUCUUUAUACGUAUAAUUUAGUCAAAUAUUUCUGAAUAUAUGUAAGUUCUUUCAACAAAAGUGAUAUAGGGAUAAAUGCCUAACGAGAUCUCGGGUGGCGGCGUCCCGAAGAGCGACGGGACGGCAACGGGCGGCAAGCUGCGCUGCCCGACGCCCAUUUCGCGUCUGCGCGUCGAGAAGAUCGAAGGCGGCCUGAUGGUGGCGGGUGUGGUGGUUGCCGCCAAUUGCCAGAUUAUCCUGCCCAUUUUCGGGUUUCUCUUCUUGCUGGUCGGAUGCGUACUAACAGCUGCAUCAUACAGGGGUCCAGGCGAAGAUGAGGAGCCCGACCAUUACGCAGAACGCAUCGCCUUCACGGGCAAUUCCAGGGUGCUGGGUCCGGCAUGUAUGGUCGUCGGACUGAUAAUGUUGAUAUCCGGUUGUGUGUUGUGUUAUUUAACGCGGAGGGCUCGAAGGAGAGAGCAAACGGUCGGGUUCCACUGCCCCCUCCACGGGGAUUUUUAUCCACUUAGUCCUGUAACUAGCUCAAAAACUUUAGAAGUAAUCCAAAGAAACGGCAAGUGCACGCUGUGUUGGCCGCGGAAACGGGGACCGGGGUCCAUAGCCGUGGGACCGCCUCAAUGUCCCCACAGCCAAGUCUCAAGCACCAGGAGUUCGCUGGCUAGUUCACCCCACAGUCAGUGCCCCACUCCGUUGCCAUUUUUGGUCAAUUCCGGAACGACAACGGGCGCUCUGGCGGUAGCGCCGGCAGCUCAACAGUCGCCGGCCGAACCGUCGUUCGGAUCGAUCCGAUCGUUGGCGGGAGGCCGCGAGGUUGCCAGUUUUCCCAUGUCGAGAACGCCCACGCCGCCCCCCAACUUCGCUUGCGAAAGAUCUCAAAAUUUGGUAAACGUUCCGGACGAACAACGGCUUGUGGAGUCUCAAUUUGAAACGGUUCCAGUACACAGAGACGGGCCGAGAAAAUCCGUGUCUAUCGUACUUCCCACAGAAGAAAAAGGAUGACUAGUGGACCUCUAGUCUGCACCAUCGAGGAAUUCAUCACCCAUUAUCAAUCAUUAAAAACGUUACUACUAAGCCUAAUUUGCAAAAAAAAUAAAAGACGUAGACUUAUGCAUGUUAUUUACGUAAGAUAAGAAUAUUAUGUCGUAAUAAUCAUUCUUUUUUGUGAUUCAUAUCGAUAUUUAAUCGUAUGUUAGAGAGUAAAAUUUACUAGACUGAAAGUAUAUAAUAUGUAUACCUUUUUCAUAUUAUUUAAAACUGUGUUAGAAUUAAAUUUUUAUUUGUAUAGUUGCUUUCCAUUCAGCUGAUCUGAUUAUUUUAAAUAAUUCUAGAUCAGCUGCCUGAAUUAUUUAUGGAUUAUUAUUUACUAUUAUCAAAUUAGACCUAAAAGACUCAAAGUCGCUUUCUUUUGUACUGAUCAGAUCAGAAAAUAAAGUAAUUGUAAAAAAGGUGAGGUGAAAAAUAAUUUUAUGACAGAAAAAAGCUUCAAUCAGAACCUCGCAAUUAGUGGAAUAAAUUAGUGGUUUCAAUUAGCGUAGAAGUUUGUUCCUUUAAUUUCAAUGUAAGUAUUCAGAAUGUCAACAUUAGUGGUAGACAUUUUUAAUUAGUAGAAAAAGUUAUCAAACUUAUAACUUUUCCACUAAUUAUACUUCAAAACCCGUCCACAGAUUAGCCCUAGCAGCAAAAAGGAGACGUUAACUCAAAUCUUUGCUUUUAUACUUCAAAAUUUGCGAGAAAUGUAAUUUUGGCCUUCGAUUAUCUUCCGUCAAGAGAAACUGUGGUUAGAAAUCAAAAGUUGAUUGUUUUAUCAGCUAAAUAUUAAGCUUUCUCUAUGGAUACAACUGGCUAAGGCUAAGAACAUGCAACAGAGCAAGCAGCGCGAUACCGCGUCGAGCAAGCCUCGAGGUGCUGAAACAUAGUAGAGCGGCGAGAAAUAGCGAGAUACUUGCGCAAUUUUAUUAUUUUCAUUUGCUUAUUGAUACUUUAAAAUGUUAACAGUGGCUAAAAUUCUGGGCAGUAAUGUCGUAAACAUUUGGUUAGAUGAAGUUUUCAAAAACCCGAGAAAGUAUGGCAAGUUUUAUAACCUUUACGAAAAUUUGUUGCCACUUCAUCUCAUAACUUAUCUAAAAUGCAUCGGUUUGGUGAUUACUAUCUGUCUGAUCCCAUAAAAUCUCUUUUACAAAUACUAAAUCUAUUAAUUUUUGAGAAUCUAUCAUUUUCUACAGCGCAACAGAGCGACGAAAACAAAAUUAUUUGAAUCGAUCUCGCCGCUCGAUCUAACCGCUCGAGCAGAUCGCUUUACUAUGUUCGCACGUACUUAUCUUCACAGGUUUGUUUUGGACGCGAUAUCGCGCUGCGUGCUCGCCGCUAUCCUCGUCGCUUCACUAUAUUCUUAGCUUAACGCAAGCUAUUGCAAAUUAUAUUGCUAGGAUAUUCGAUCAAUUUUACUUGUUUUUUAAACAUUGUGAAUGAUCGUAAACUAAAAAGUAUAAAGUGUAAUUGAAACAACUAAUUUAUUCCACAAAUUGGGGGCUUCGGAAUGAAGCUUAAUUGAGACCACUAAUUUACUCUACUAAUUUCGAGGUUCUGAGUGAAGCAAAACAGAAAAACUGAAUGAAAGCAACUUAUAACCAGAAUGUAAAAUGAUGCAAUAUGCACAUAAUUAUACUUUUAGAGAAUAUCUCCCUAUGUUCGUAACAGUUAGCAGUAUUAACUCAAAUCAAUUAUAAAAAUAGAAAAUAGUUUUGGAUUAAUGAUUUGUUAAUAAUAUACUUUUCAAAUAUUCCACUGACAAAUUCAAGUAACUUGGUGUGCCAAAAAUUUGUACGAAACCUACUAGAUUAUUGAUACUUCGCUAUAUGUCACAUGUAUGACAACAUAGUAUAACUUCAAUAUUUAAGUGUUUUGCAUGCUAUUUAUCAUAUGCUAAUUUUAUUGAUUGUAUGCAAUAGAAUAUUAAAAGCUGACCAGAUAUUCCAACAAUAAAAUAUGUAUAUACACGUCUAGCUUUGAGUACCGAUUUUCGUGUGUACGAAGAGCACAGUCACUGUGUUCAGGAUAAUAACAUGUACUGAGAGUAGAACAAGUAUUUUCCCAAGCGCUGAAUUAAGUGGUUGUAAUAAAUAUUUCGUGUUUCUUUCUCCAACUUACACGAUCGUUAUAGCGAUUCACUCAUAGACCUGUAAAUACCGACCCAAGAGAUGUUUUCAACGGGGUAUACAUGUAUUCACAUGUUUUCUAUGCAUUGAAGUUGUCUGUAUUCUGUAUUGAAAGAGAACUAACAUCUGCGGUCAGCCUUUAGGGAAAAUUUUUAAGUAUUAUGUAAAUUCUUCAAUACCACAAACCAAAUUAAAAUCAGAACUUACAAAUGUAAAGACACAAUUAAAAAAUCCUUUGGUAAUAUGGCAAUAUAAAGUGUUCCAUAUUAAAAGAUUAUCACCAUGAAUUAAAUCGUAUUAAAUAUUACUUAUUUGAUGCGAUUUUCGAAAAUUUUUUCGUGCUCUUACAUUUACUGAAUAUCUGAAGAAAUAGAUAUAGCAUUGAGUCCAUUAUAACAAUGAUUUGGCUUGAUUAUUUUUAAAUAUAUCCGGCGAAGUAUUGAUGCAAACAUAUUUAAAAUAGAUGAUCUAUAGUAGGUAAUCUAUUUUUAGGGAUUUUGGCAAAACCCUUUUCAAUUAGAGUUGAAAAAAUCAUUAAACGUAAGACUUAGGUUAUAUCGUUGUCGUGUAGAGAUUGUAACUAAUUUUAGAUAUUUGUAGGUGUGCGAAAUCUACAAAAUACUAAUUUUGGAAACUCUAUUUUUAGGACCGAAAACUAUAAAAUUAGUAAAUAUCAAUUUUGUACAUAAACCCAAUAACCUUUUGUCAUUGGUUAACAUGUAAUAUUAAAAUCAAAAAAUCAUGUGCAUUUAUAUUGCUUUCGUAUUUUUCUAAAAAGCAGCGUCCUUUGAUCAGAAUUAAUUGUGCGUAUAAUAUGAAACACACUCGUGUUACUAGUAGUAAAUAAUUUUUUCAUGAUGGAUUAACUAACACGCGUCCGAUCAUGUUUUAGAUUAGUGUUAUUGUUGAGUCUGAUUACAUUUAUAAGAUGAUAUUAUAUAGGUAAUUAAUUGUCUUUAAGAAUAGUAACGGUGUAUAACACUCCCACGAUAUUAGAUAAAGUAAAUUAUUUUGAUGGAAUUUGUCCAUUAUAUACUCUUGUUUGCUCAUAAACAAUAGUAGUGUCAAUAUUUAGUUCAAAUGUUAAUCUCUAUACUAGAAUAAAUUUAUGACGCAUUAUUAA